AAUGCUAAACUUGCCGUGAUUUACUCCACUUUAUUUUAUUUUUUUAUUUGAUUACUCUUUCAUUACUACCCAGGAGGAGGCCUGGUGGAGUCCAGCAAUGGCGAAGUAUUUAAGUCGAGCUAAGGGUAUCAAUACUGCCUUAGACAUAGUAGAAGAAGCCUUGAUAUCCUUGCAAGAGAAAGCAAAGCAACAGCCUGUUCUUCCAGGAUCAAGCACAGAUUCACACUGCAUUAGAAACAGUCCACAGCCAUCAACGUCGGAUGCGCAUCAGAAAACUGCCAAGAAAGUGAAAACAAGUGGCGUGUUGAUUAAACGGCAACCACGAAGCAGGUCAAGGAACCUGAGAACUGGGAGCCAUCAUCCUAGCGGUAAAAGAAAGGUCAAAACAAAGAAAAAGCAAGACAUAUCUGCUCCCAAGAUAGAUAAUCCAAAUGAAAAUCUGUCAAGCAGCAGUGAUGAUACCCCAAGGAGGUCAAGAUCACAGCAGCCACGUUCUCGUCAAGAGCCUCUGAGACCUAGAAGCAAAAGAGGUAAUGAGAAUGUUACCCAGAAACUACCAUGCGAGUCAACUCAUUGUAGCAUCAUUGAUAACUCAACUCAUAAUCCUGCGGCUAUAUACAGGUCCUCUAAGAGACAAGGCAGCAGAGGAAGUAGUCACAUAGUAGGAGAGACCUCUGAGGAUGAGAUUUUGCCUGGCAGGAGAUACAAGUCCACCAGGAGGUCCAACUCAAGGGGGUCUCACAGCAAGCACCAUCUGAGAGAAAGAGGCUCACUUGAAGAAGAAAGUGAUUCGGUAACCUCACAUAAAGAACCAAGGAGGACAAGUAACAGAGAGAUCAUUACAUUAAGUUCUCGAGGGAAUUCAACUCUGCAAAGUACCAAGACAAAAAAUCAAACAGCCAGAUUACUACCAACAGGCAAAGGAGUUGAUAAACCAAGUCAUGGCUAUGCUGCACCAACGCUCACAUCAAGGCUGAGGACAGAAUUGUUAGAACGUCGAGAAGCUGAAGAAAAGGAGAAUUUGAUACCCUUCAUCCCCUCUGGAUCAGAGAAUAAAAGUUUUCACCUGGGGUGAUAAUCCAGAAGAGUUAGGACGACUGAAA